UAAGCGUAAGUUUCUUAGCAACUGGGGUAGUAGAAGAAAGGAGGGGAAGUAGUGUGAGACAGAGGCGCAGGGAUCGAAUCAAAAGGAGAAGAGAAUCUGGUGGGUUAUGUUGCCUCUUUUUCCCAUUUACAAUGUCUUUGGCAUCAUAUUCAGCUUCUCGUAAGAAUCAUCUGGAUUCCCUUGCUCGCCCCAAAGUGAAUUUCAAUAAACAACAAGACAGGCCUUCUGUAUAUUGGGUGGACAAGAUACCCUCAGUGUCUACAUGUGGAACGAGUCAAAGACAAGAGGACCUGGCAAAGCCCAAGAAAGUAAUAACAAUAAAUGAGGACAGGCCAUCACCUAUUUGGCCAGUUAGUUCCAGCGCCCUUUCUGCUGUUCCUUCAGGCCGUGUGCAGAACCUCGCACAACCAAAGAAAACUAGUCAGGAAUGGAAGGAAGAUAGACCUGCCUACAGCACAGUUUCUGAAGGAGCUAAAAAAGCUUCAGCUAGCCCACGUACUACACAGCUAGCAAAGCCAAAGCACAGGGCUACCUGCUCCCUGCCAGGGACACCAAACAGCCACCAAGAAAGUGGGAAGGAAUCUGCCAGAUCCAUAAAAUCAGCUCCCACAGCAAGGACCGAAGCUUUAGCAGUUCCUAAGGUAGAGCAUCCUGAGUACCAGCAUGAUUUAUCUGUUGUGAGACCAGUACCAUCAUCUGCCCUUCACACACAGGCAACAGAUCGAGUUUGCCAGCUUGCUAAGCCCAGUCCUCGUAAGAUAGUCUCUGAUGUGCAUGACCCAUAUAGAAUCUCACCUGCUGCCAAACAUGCAGAGGCUUCACCCCGCAUCCAGGAGCUUUGUACCCCUCCAGCCCGUAGACAGCGCGCAAAGAAGAUGUGAAUUAUUAUACAUCUUUACCUACUUCCAUUAAAAGCAUACUACAUUGUC